GCGUCGCGGUAUAGAUGAUGGGGUGUGACGUGCACUGCAGGUUCAAACUCUAGUCUGAGCAGGAAGAAGGAAUUGCGAGAGUUUUCUCACAGUUUUUCAAACGCUCUCUGUUUUUGUUUUUAACUAUUGAUCUAACAUUACACCGACAUUUGUGACAAAGACAGGAUCAAACGCAAAGAUGUCUGUCGCCGGACUGAAGAAACAGUUUUACAAAGCCAGUCAGUUGAUGAGUGAGAAGGUUGGAGGAGCAGAAGGAACCAAACUGGACGAGGACUUCAAAGAUCUGGAGAGGAAAGCUGACAUCACCAGUAAAGCCAUAUCAGAUGUGCUCUGCAAAACUACUGAAUACCUGCAGCCAAAUCCAGCAUCGAGAGCGAGGCUGACGAUGGCGAACACCAUGUCUAAGAUGCGCGGGCAGGUCAAGAGUCUUGGUUAUCCACAGGCAGAGGGCCUUCUGGGAGAAUGCAUGCUGAAAUACGGUCGAGACAUGGGAGAAGACACCAACUUCGGCGGUGCUUUAGUGGAGAUGGGGGAGGCCAUGAAGAGAUUGGCAGAAGUCAAAGACUCUCUAGACAUUGACGUCAAGCAGAACUUCAUCGACCCUUUCCAAACGAUAGUCGACAAGGACCUGAAAGACAUUCAGCAUCACUUGAAGAAACUGGAGGGCCGUCGACUGGAUUACGACUACAAGAAGAAACGUCAGGGGAAAAUUGCUGAUGAGGAGCUCCGGAUGGCAAUGGAGAAGUUUGAGGAGUCCAGAGACGCAGCAGAAACCAGCAUGCAGAACCUGCUGGAUACUGACGUGGAGCAGGUCAGUCAACUCUGUGCUCUGGUGGAAUCUCAGCUGCAGUUUCACAAACAGUCGAUGCAGGUCCUGGAGGAGCUGGCAGGGGCCAUGAGAGAAAGAGUAAACAAGGCCCAGUCUCAGCCUCGGCAGAAGCGGAUGCCUGUGUCCAGACCGAGCAUUGAUUACUCGGAUCCAGAAGACUCCAACGGAGGCUGGAAUCCAUCAGCAGCAGCACCACCCUCAUACUCAUCCACAGCAGCCCCUUCCUUUAACAGGGCAUCUUCACGCCAGAAACGUAAUUCCGCAGAUCAGCCGUGCUGCAGAGCUCUGUAUGACUUUGAGCCGGAAAAUGAGGGAGAGCUGGGCUUUAACGAGGGCGAUGUGAUCACACUCACCAACCAGAUUGACGACAACUGGUAUGAGGGAAGCUUUCGUGGUCAGACUGGACUCUUUCCAUGCAACUACGUGGAGGUGAUGGUGCCUCUGCGCUAAAAAUUACAGCGGAUAAACAGUGCAAUGUCAGGUACAGACAGAAGCAAAGGGAACAUCCCUGACUUCUGUUUCACUACGAGCACCUUUACCUCCUGAAAGACAGAGAAUAUACAGUUAUUAUUCCUUCCAGCGCUGUGCUGAAACACUACCAUUCCUUCCUUCAUACAGUAUAUAAUAAAUGUUGUUGAGAAAGUUGUCAAAAGUGUUUUGGUAAAGCACUGCUAUUCUUUACUUCACAUAUAAUAAACAUUGUUGAGAAAGGUGAUGAAGAUAAAAACCAUUUCGGGAGUGUUCCUUGUGGAGUUCAGUAGGUUUUUGUGUUUACUUUGAAAUUCGUAUCAGCGUCUGCAGAGGAAAUGUGUGAUGUUGGUGAUUACUGUCCUCUAGUGGCCACGUUUGAACAUUACAGCUCUUAAGGCGAGACUGUUCACUGCAGGUGAACACUAAAAAUAUGUAUUACUCAUAGCGAACACUAUAUUUCUCCAGGUGAUUGAGAUUAAGAAUUGCAAAGAUUAUUUGUGAUACAAGCUUUAAAAAUACAAUGUUUAAAUAUGCAAAUGAGGUGUUUCAAUAAAUAUACACUUGUUUGCAUACA